AUGAGUGAUAUCGAGAAGACGCCUGCACAGGUGGUGGAGCCCCCCGAGGCUGCAGAACCCGGGAGCAGUACCAGAAUAAGCAAGGUCAUGGGCUACAUCAAAGGCACCACCACAAACGACCUCAAUGUGUUGGGAAGGGAUAUGUUGCGGAAGGCCCUCGAGUAUGACGAGGCUCAGCUCGAACGCGACGCGAUCAAAGUCCGGAGAAAGCUGGAUUUCAUUGUGCUUCCGAUGAUGAUGUGCACAUACAUGUUGAGUUUCUUGGACAAGCAGACACUCAACUAUUCCAACGCCUACGGUCUUCAAGCAGACACUCAUAUGAAGGGAGAUGACUAUUCAUGGGUGGCUUCGGCCCUGUACUUUGGUUGGUUGCUCGGUGCAUAUCCCUGGAACGUCAUCUUGCAGCGUUAUCCGAUUGGCAAGCUGCUGGGGUGUAUGUUAUUCGUUUGGGGCUCAGUCUGCAUGCUGCAGGCCGCCGUGUUUAAUUUUGGCGGCUUCUUUGCCAUCCGCUUCUUCCUCGGCAUGCUCGAGGCUUGCAUCUCACCUGCAUUUGUCAUUCUCACAUCCAUGUUAUGGACGAGAGAAGAACAGGCGCUCCGAACAUCGUUCUGGCUCUCGACAAACGGUGUCUCUUCCAUCCUGGGCGCCCUGCUCGCUUACGGGUCCGGCCACGCAGAUGGGCUUGCAGUAGCAAAUUGGAAGUUGAUCUAUCUGAUUGUUGGUGCCAUCACUUUCGCAUGGGGUUUCGUCAUCAUCAUCUAUCUCCCCGAUGGCCCUCACAACGCCAAAAUGCUCAACGAGUAUGAGCGCACGGUGGCGGUGUGGAGAGUGUCCAAGAACCAGAUGGGCAUCAAGCACCAGGCGUUCGUGCCUUACCACAUCAAAGAGGCGCUCAUGGAUGGAAAGACCUACCUCCUCCUGCUCAUGGGCGUUUGUACCGGUAUUCUGAACGGUGGCGUCGCCAAUUUCAUAUCUUCCUUGAUCAAAGGAUUCGGUUUCGACGCGCUGAAGACGAGUCUUCUGCAAACGCCCGGUGGUGCGUUCGAACUUAUCGGAUGCAUGUUUUUCGGAUGGGUCGCGACCAAGAAGAACAUGCUCGGUGUCAGUGUGAUCAUCUCCUCGCUUCCUGGCAUCGCUGGGCUCAUUGGUCUUUUGACCAUCAGCAUCAAACAUCGGUACGCCCUGGUGGCCAUGUGCUGGCUCCAGAACGUCCUCGGCGCACCCAUCAUUCUAGGCUGGACGCUCCCUGGCGUCAACACGGCGGGCCACACCAAGCGAACGACCGUCAUAGGCCUCUUCUUUUGCUUCUACUGCGGCGGAAACAUCAUCGGUCCCCAUCUGUUCCUGCCCUCGGAGGUCCCGCGGUAUUUCACCGCCAUCAAGGCUCUGCUGGGCACCUACUGUGCCCUCAUCUUCUUCCAGGUCAUCUACACGGUGUGGUGCUGGUUCGACAACCGGGCCCGUGACAAGAAGGGUCUGCACGCGCAGAGGGAGGACGAGUUGUUGGAAGGGUUCGAUGACUUGACCGACAAGCAAAACUUGCAUUUCCGGUACAAGAUCUGA